AUGCGAAUUUGUUUGACGUUUGUGAUUUUGGCGCAUAGGCUGGACCGAAGAAAAGUAAUAACGAGGGAUGAGUGGGAGAAGAAGCUUAAUGAUGUAAAGAUCAAGAAAGAGGACAUGAAUAAACUUGUGAUGAAUUUCCUUGUGACUGAGGGUUAUGUCGAUGCGGCGGAGAAAUUCCGAAAGGAAUCUGGAACCGAACCAGAUAUUGAUCUUGCAACAAUCACUGACCGCAUGGCGGUCAAGAAGGGUGUGGAGGAUGCAAUUUAGAAAGUGAACGACUCGAACCCGGAGAUUCUGGACACAAAUCCCCAAUUAUUUUUCCCUCUCCAACAAAGGUUGAUAGAACUAAUUAGGAAUGGAAAGGUAAAAGAGGCUCUUGAGUUUGCUCUCCAAGAGGAGAAGAAAAUGUAG